AUGGCACCGGCUACGUUCGACAAUUCAGCUGUUGUUCGAAUGCUACUCCGGGCUGGCAGCAACAUCAAUUGUCGCGACAACAAUGGCGCUACACCGAUGGCCGAAGCAUGUGCCAGAGGGAACUCUUUUGCUAUUUCAGCUCUAAUGGAACGGGACCCAGAUAUCUUUGUCAGAGACUAUGGAGGGCGCAAUGUGGUACACUAUCUCUUCGUCAACAGAGAGGCUGGUGAAAGAAACAACACUAGGCCGGCACUCUUCAUCAAGCUAAUUAGAAUGGGUGUCAGUCCGUGGGAGGUCGACAAGCUUGGCUGCUCUGCCUUACAUCUGGCUAUGCACAACAAUUGUGUGACACCCUUCUUGCUGAAUGGGGAUGUACAGAUUCAGGACGAAAGGCCUAUUCCGUGGUCGACUUUGCCUUUAAACCCGGAUGCUGUCAACGCAGCAUGCCUGACAACGGCCUUUCGGCUGUACCGUCGAAAGCUAUCAACUGAAAAAUUCCGUACGCUUCUGAACCUUGAGGUCGUCGGUCCCCGGAAUCCUCUUUGCUUCGCUGCAUCCACAGGGCAAUUACAAGCCUUGGAAAACAUUUUGUCUUUGGGAAGUUUGAUAGACUUUGAAGGCUGUCCAGAGGGCUCCGCGCUCAUGGCAGCGUCCAGCGCAGGGGUUUUGGAAUCCGUCAUCUAUCUUGUUCGCCAUGGCGCAAGCAUCUCCUUUCAAGGGAACCACAACUUUCGGUCUGCAGUGAAGCUCGCAGCUACCUCGCCGCGGGUCCUUCGCUGGUUGCUUGUCGAUCGGUUCACCGACCAGAAGAAGCUCGACCAAUCUUGCCACGCGUCGACAUCCCCAUCGACUGAUUACCAACCUUGGAGCGGGAUCCAGAAAGCUGAGAUGAUCAUAUCAGGACGAUGGGAGCGGCAGCCACAUGAGUCUUCUCAGCAAUACUGGGCACGUCUAUCGAACAUGACAGAGGAUUUUAGAGGCAAGUUCCUUCCUCCCAACAGCGGGAAGACAACGCGGAGACAGUCGAAGCUGGUCCCGUCAGAAAGUGUCAAGAUUGCAGCCGGCGGAUAUUUUGUUCCGUACGAUGCCUCGGUAGGAGAACGCGUGACGAGGAAGAGCAAGUGGUCGGAGUUGGGCUUGGAGGUUCGAGAGUGUCUGGAGCGUUUCUGCUUAUGA